AUGUUCCCUGUGUAGAUCGCGCUCGUGCCGGCCACUCCACUGAUACAUGGAAAGCGUGCGUGCGUGCGGUGCCUCUCUCUCUCGUCGUCUACCGCGUACAACCAACAUGUCAACCUACUCCUGAGUUCACGACUAAUAUACCGCAACUACGAGGAACUUCUAAUUCAGCCGAGUCCCCGGGAUACGAACAGAUCCGAGAAACGUGCGCGGAUCGGCUACCGUACUGCGGGCGCGUGCACCAUCGUGACCAGCCGCGAAUCAUCCCCAUUUGCCGAAUUGAGCGAACAUCGUGCCGCGAGCACCAUGAGCGCACCUCAGGCACCAGUGAAAUUGAGAAAUGGAGUGGUGAAGCAGGUGACAUCUGGAGACAUCAUCGUCAUCCGGGGACAGCCCAUGGGAGGCCCUCCACCUGAAGUUACGGUCACUUUGUGCAAUAUCACCGCUCCAAAAUUGGAACGUUGGAAAGGAAACGAUAGUAUGGAUGAUGUCAAGGAUGAGCCAUAUGCAUGGGAAGCCAGGGAAUUUUUGCGCAGGAAACUCAUCGGUCAAGAUGUCACUUUUGCCGUUGAGAAGUCUGUUAACACAGCUAGGACUUAUGGCACCGUCUGGCUAGGAAAAGACAGAAAUGGCGAGAACGUGAUUGAGACUCUGGUGUCUGAAGGCCUGGUGACGGUGAAGAAGGACAACCGUAAUCCUACUGCGGAGCAGACUCGGUUGAUCGAAUUGGAGAACAUAGCGAAGGCUGCGAAGAAGGGGAAAUGGGCUGACUCGCCGGUUUCCGAGCACAUAAGGGACAUUAAGUGGACCGUCGACGAUCCUCGGAAAUUGAUCGAGAAGUUCGGCAAGAAACCGAUCAAAGCUGUAAUCGAGUUCGUCUUCGAUGGCUCUACAGUCAAGGCUUUCCUCUUGCCUGAUUUUUACAACAUAACACUAAUGAUCUCGGGUGUUCGCUGCCCAGGCUGGCCGAACGGACGCCGCGAGAAUUCCGUGGGCGACCCUUACGCGGACGAAGCCAGAUACUUUGUGGAAUCUCGACUCUUGCACAGGGACGUCGAGAUAGUGCUGGAGUCGGUAAACAAUAACAACUUCAUUGGCAGCGUUAUUCAUCCUAAGGGCAAUAUCGCCGAGAUUCUAUUGAGCGAGGGUUUCGCCAAGUGCCAGGAUUGGUCGAUCAGCAACAGCAGAUCCGGCGCGGAGAAGCUCUACUUGGCCGAGAAAGCCGCGAAGGAGGCGCGUUUGCGCCUGUGGAAGGACUACAAGCCGUGCGGCCCGCAGAUUGAGUUCACUGGCACCGUCGUUGAGAUCAUCAACGCGGACGCGCUCAUUAUCCGCACGCAAAACGGCGAGAACAAGAAGGUAUUUCUCAGCAGUAUUCGACCGCCCGCCCGCGAGAAGAAGAACACCGAGGACAGUAACAACACCGCCCGGCCGAAGGACUUCAGACCCCUGUACGACAUACCGUGGAUGUUGGAAGCGCGAGAGUUCUUGCGCGAGAAAUUCAUCAGGAAGAACGUGAAGGUGGUGGUCGAUUAUACGCAGCCGGCCAGGGACAAUUUCCCGGAGAAACUCUGCUGCACGGUUACAUGCGGCAAAACGAACAUCGCGGAGGCAUUAGUCGCACGGGGUCUCGCGCGAGUGAUCAAGUACAGGCAGAACGACGAUCAGCGUUCCUCUCAUUAUAAUCUCCUGCAAGUGGCCGAGAGCAAGGCGGAGAAAUCGCAGCAUGGGCUGCACGCGAAGAAGGACAUUCCAGUUCAUAGAAUAGUGGAUCUCUCGAACGACCCGUCGAAGGCGAAGGCGUUCCUGACCUCCCUCAAGCGAGCGCAGGGGAUCAGAGCUGUCGUGGAGUUCGUAACGAGCGGCUCGCGCCUGAAGCUCUUCCUCCCGAAGGAAGACUACGUUAUCACGUUCGUGCUGGCUGGGAUAAGAACUCCGCGCUGCCAAAGGACGUUGCCCGGCGGCGGGGUAGUGAAGGCCGACGAGUACGGCGAGAAAGCUCUGGCCUUCACCAAGGAGCACUGUUUCCAACGGGACGUGGAGAUCAAGAUCGAGAGCACAGAGACGAAAUUGAGCGGUUUCAUCGGCUGGUUGACGGUGAACGACGUCAACAUGUCCGUCGCUCUGGUCGAGGAGGGCCUCGCUGAGGUGGUGAAUUUCCAGGAUUCCGGCGAGAUCACGAGGAGUCUUAAGGCCGCGGAGGAACGCGCGAAAACGAAGAUGCUCAAUAUCUGGAAAACGCGCGCGGAGAUGCCAGUGGAGACCGACAAGAUCGUGGACGAGAAGGAAGGACAGGAGCGGAAGAUCGACUAUCAGAAGGUCGUGAUUUCCGAAGUCACCGACGACCUCCACUUCUACGCCCAGAGUGUCGAUCAAGGAAGUAUGCUGGAGAACUUACUGCUGCAGCUACGGCAAGAGUUAUCGGCCAAUCCGCCGCUACCCGGCGCCUACAAGCCGACCAGGGGCGACCUGGCGGUCGCGAAAUUCACGGGCGACGAUCAGUGGUAUCGUGUGAAGACAGAGAAGGUUUCCGGCACCAACGUCAGCGUGUUCUACAUAGACUAUGGUAACAGGGAGACCGUCCAUGUUACGCGAGUCGCCGAUCUCCCCGCGCGCUUCGCUACCGACAAGCCGUAUGCCCACGAGUACGCGCUCGCAUGCGUGACGCUUCCGAGCGACGCCGACGACAAGAGAGCGGCUGUAGAGGCGUUCAAAGAAGACGUAUUGGACAAAAUUCUGCUCUUGAACGUGGAAUACAAACUGAGUAGCAAUCUGACUGCUGUUACGUUGGCGCAUACCAAUACAAACUACGACAUUGGAAAGGGAUUGAUUUCCGACGGAUAUGUGCAUGUUCAGAAGCAUCGGGACAGGAGGCUCACGAAAUUGAUCGAGGAAUAUAAGAAGGCUGAGGAAGACGCGAAGCAUAAUCACCGCAACAUUUGGAUGUACGGGGACGUACGACCAGAAGAUGACGACAAAGAGUUCGGGUUGUAAUUGAAUAAAGUGCUCAAACAUGGAAUUUAAGCAUUAUCGAUAACCGGAGGAAGGACGAGACGUGUUAAAAGCAAAAAAAAAAGAAAAUAACGUAAGAAUAAUUACGUAUAUGCUACACUUAGGCGGUUAAGAAUGAUGAGUGUCGAUGCGGGAGUUACAUGUUGCAUUAGUCGCGAUGCAAUUAUAUAUAUUUCAAUAUAUAAAGAGAAUUGUACAUAACGAUUUUAAUAAUUUCUGUAAUAUGCAAUGGAACAAAAAGCGCGCACGCGAAGCAGUAGUUGAAACGAGACUACGCGAACGCGGAACGUCACAUGUAUUCUCAUCGACAUGAACAUUCGUUAUUAUUCUCGGUGCCACAAAUGCAAAUUGUUUGAUGACCUUAUCGACCGGUACAACGCCCUUAACGUGCAAUUUAAUGUGUCAAUCAUGUUAGAUAUAUUGAUUAUUUGCUUUUCCUAUAUAUAUAUAUAUAUACAUAUUGGAUGAACAGUUAUCAUGCGUGCUACUUUCCAAGUUUUUAUAUGGGUGAUGAUAGCUGUAGGAUUUGUAAUUGCGAAUUUAAUCAGAGGCACUGGUAGUUAAACGGAAAUAGGGAGGAACGUUCAUAUCAAGCAGAGCAUCGGGAUAUUUUCAAUCAAACCGGUACAGUGUCACCCGGUAUAAAGGUUUCCAUCCCUGAAUGACGUGUGUGUGAGAAUGAGUGUGUGUGCAGAUACAGCAUAAUACAAUGGGGAAAUAAUAAUAAUAAUAACGCGACGGAAGAUACUGUACAAUUACACAUGCCGUCUUUCUUGCGACUCUACCGUCUGUUUUUCCGACGAAUUUCACGUAAUGCAUAUGUACGUUGUAUUCAUAAACGAGUUUGAUAUUAAUGUACUUACAAGAAAUUAUUUAUGCAGUUAUCCUACGGAUCAGUCUUACAAAUUGCAGUACAAUUAUGAAACUUAAGCGUUCGGGAUUCGUUUGAGAUGAACAAGUGUUAUCUAUCAUGUAUCCGGAUGAAAUAAGUCGCAAUUGUUACGAGAGAGAAAGAGAGAGACGCGGCAAUGUUUGCGAUGCCCCAAGUACAUAGAAACCUACAUUAUUCUGUGCACCACCAGAGAAUAAGUCCGUUUGUCUCAGAUAGAUUUAAUACAUUAUAAUUGAUUAUAAUGUUGAUCAAAGAUCUUUAUACCGUAUACUGUAUCCGACAUUGUUUUUUUCUACUUCCUCCUUCAAACAUUUUGCGACCAUAAGCUUUUAUCUGCAGUACUUCGUUGACAUUAUAUCACAACUCAUUGACACAAUUUACCGAGGUAAUUUUGUAAGUAAAAUAUCGGAUAAACCUAUAAUUGUAUUAUCCUAUUGGAUAAUCGGCACAUCAUAUGUGUACACAUAUAUUGUAGGAUCAAAAAAAGAAAAUAAAUAAGAAAGAUUUGUUUUAAUUA